AUAUGGAGAAUGAUGAUCUGAUAAAUGAGUUGAAAAAUGGGAUGGAGUUGGCCAAACAGCUCCAAAUACAUCUCAAUGUCCCAAAUUCUUCCAACCAUAACCGCAAACUGUUAGUAAACAAGCUCCUUUCUUCUUACCAUAAAGCUCUAUCAAUCAUCAACAACAACAUCAACGGAUCAUCUUCACUGAAAACUGAUCAAUUCCAUUCUGAUCACCACCAUCAAAACUUCACUCCAGACAACCCAAAAAAGAGAUGCUAUUACAAAUCAUCCCACGGCUACAAAACACAAGAAAGGAACAUAAAAUUCCAAGAAACUAAUUUGUCACGCCCCAUGGUCAACUCAAAGGAAUCCAUUAACAACAAUAUCGAACAACAACAACACCACCACCUCGGAUUCAUCACAAAUGACGAGUUCUUAGGCAGCAAUCAUGAUGUUUUCCCGAAGCCUUUGUCAAAUGAUCAUGAUCAAAUCCCACCCAUACUACAGGAAUUUGAUGAAACUAUAACCGAUGAGUCGAGAUUUUUAUUGGGUCCAAUAUUAGAUCAAUUUGAACCUUCCCACAUCUUCGACAAUGCAAGUUUUUUUUGAACAGGGGACAAUCUCAUAGUAUCAUUUAUGAACUUCGGUACUGAUUUUCUUAAACCAUA